AGAUUCUAAAAUACUUUGAAAAACAUUGAAACCAAACUUAGAUCAAGAUCUAGAAUGGCUCCAAUGAUUAAGGCUCUUAUUGCUUUAGCAUCAAAUUAAAACUUUUCAAAUCAAGAUGUUUUGAAAUCAAUUGUUGAUGCUCUUAAUGAUUUUAGAAAUGCUGUUGUUGAUUAAAUCAAUGAUUUAACAGCCUAAGAAGCUUAAGAUGUUGUUGAUCAUGAAGCUUAUCUUGAAUAAUUAGAUACUGAAUUCGCAGAAUUUGGAAGAUAAAUAGACAGAGCAACUGUUGAUUUGACUGCUACUAAUGGUAUUUAAAUAUAUAUAUUAAUAAAUAGAAAAAAUUGAUUCCAUGGUUGAAUUUAGAGAUUAAAGAGCAGCUGAUUAAAAAUAAUACACUGCUGAAUUAGAAUUAGAGAACAAUACUUAUGCUGAAGAAACCGAUAUCUAUACCAACACUAAAAAUGAAUUCACCAGAGAAUUGGGAAUCAGUGAAUAAGCUUUAGCUCUUGUUUAAAGCGUAGAUUUCUCAAACAUUUAGGUUUGAUAUUAAUAAAACAAUAAAUAAAUAUUUCAUU